UAGGAUCCAAAUGCGAAUCAACCAUGGACAGCGAAGGUAGCAGUAAAACAACGUCCACCGCGAGUGUAAACUGUAUUGACGAAGAUACACCUUUGCUGGCGCGGUCGAAUAGUGGUUCGGGUUCCAGUUCAGCGACUAGUGUCGUAGCGGAAACCAGCAAAAAACGGCAAUGCCUUUCAUUGGAGCCCGUUGCAGUGGCGCUUUGUUUCGGAUGGAGCAUGUCAGGAAUCGUUCUGUCCAAUCAGAUCAUUCAUCAGACGUGUUGGUACAUGGGAUACAAUGCCAGCCUGUGUGCAACGUUGGGUGCCAAUUCCAAUGCGACGGGCGCGAAGGAAUUGGAAGCCUUGGUGCAGCCAACGGUGGCGAAAAUUACCAUGACCAGUAGCAUUAUUACCUCGGUGAUUCCGGCGCUAUGCGGGCUGUUUUUGGGCCCAUGGUCGGACAAGUUCGGGAGGAAACCGGUGAUGAUUAUUCCAUGCGUGGGAUACAUCGUUUCCUACGUAACAAAAGCCAUCAUUUGCCAAGCUUCCUCCCUAUUACCCCUCAAUCCGUGGCUAUACGUGUACGCCGACAUUCCAGCGGCCAUUUCCGGUGGAACUACGGUCUUUUAUGCCGGUAUGUUCAGCUACCUUGCUGACGUAAGCAACGAAGGUAACCGUGCGGUGCGGAUGGGCAUGCUACAAGGAUCUUCCCUCGGAGGUGCCUUCGUCGGGAUGUUAUCCAGCAGCUUCAUCCUCCAAUUGACCAAUACCGCUACGGUGUUUAUGAUUUCCGCUAGCAUGAUGCUCUUUGGCAUGGCUUAUGUGCUGUUUCUGAUAGAAGAUAGCGUGGAUCGUUCAACGGAUAAUUUGAGAUUGGGCCGUUACCGCAAAUUUAGAGAGAUAUUCCGUUUGGACCUGGUGAUGGAUAUCUUUAACACGUUCUUCAAGGCGCGAUCCGGAUAUGACAGGGGCAUCAUUUGGUUGACCGUGGUUAUCGGUGCGUUUUCGGUGCUUGGCUCCGGAGGAAGCAACAUAUUCUAUUUGUUCACCCGAAACAAGUUCAACUGGACUCUGGAGCAGUAUACAAUGUGGCAGUCGGCGGAUCUGCUCUCGAUCAUCGUAGGAAACUUUUUGGGAAUCUUGAUUCUGAAGAAAGUGUUUAAACUUCCGGACAUCGCGAUCGCUUUCGUUUCGGUGCUGUGCUUUUCGGGAGAUAGUUUUAUCAAGGGACUAGCCAGUCAUGGCUGGCAGUUGUAUCUGGCUACUGGGGUAACACCACUGAAAGGAACUGAGGGAGCGGCCUUGAUGACCCUGUCAUCGAAUAUUCUACCCUCGCACGACAUUGCCAAGGUAUACUCCAUGGCAAUGUCCUUGACGGCUACAGUUCCACUGGCUGCUGCUCCACUGUUCACGUACAUCUACAACCAAACACUGACGACAGCGCCAGAAGCGUUCAACUUUGUGGCCUCCGGAAUCUACGCAGUGAAUAUUUUGUUUGUGGGGAUCAUUCACAUUUUAUUGAAAAAUCGACAAUGUCACCAAAGGCUCCAUCCUGUGGAGGAGAGUGACCGCGAAGUGAUAGCAUAAGUUUUCAAGUCUGUGAUCUGUUGUAAAGUAUUAUUUGUGUAAUAUAUAAGAAUGAAACAUUGCAAAGCAUGAUUGAUAUAA